GUAAGGCAUCUCCUCCGGUUGAAUGUCCAUCGUGGCCUCCGCGUUCGGCGACGACAGCCCAUCGACGCGAGGAAGCGGGAUCUUGACCAUGGUUAUGGAGGAUUCGAGGUCGGGUGGGAGGAGAGGAAGGCGAUCUAUGUUUCGAGGAGUGGAAAUGAAGGAGAUUCUGUGACCCUUUGCUGCUAUGGACUUGGAGAGCUCCAGGAAUGGGGUGAUAUGCCCAAAAGCAAGCCAUGGAAACAUAACUAUAUGAAGCUCCUUCUUCUUCUGCUGCUGCUGCUUGGAGGCCAUGUUUCAGUCACAGUUGUACGUGAGUUGUG